GUCCUUGCUGAUACAGGUGAUUUCUACAACUUGCAGAGCACAGCGCCGCAGCCAUUGCUUUAACAGCAUAUCUCCCGCUCCGGCUUGUCCCGACGCAAAUGGCGGCGCUCCUGCCUUCCUCGCUGCUAUCGCUCUCCUCCUCAGCCGCGGCCUCUCCGAACUCUGGCGGCUCCCUUCGCCUACUCCCUUUCCUCUUCCGACCGACCCUCUCCUUUGUUUCUCUCUCCGCCUCCGCACAAAUUCGUCGGCCCUCCUCUGUCUCCACCCGAGCGGGAAAAGGCCGGGAUCCCCGAAUCCCCGACGAAUGGGGGGAAAAGACGGAACCUGAAGCCGAGCGGCCUUCUGCCCCGGAUCCUCCCGUGGACGAGGACGAGUGGGGCGCCGAACCGGGGCCCCCGAAGGACGCUGCGGUAGGCACCACCGACGAGUGGGGAGAGAAGGCGGAGCCCGAGGUGGAGGCGCCGUAUCCGGCGGAUCCUUCUAGGGAUGAGGACGAAUGGGGCGCGGAAGCAGGCUUUCUGUCGGGGAAUGGAACCCCUGUGCCGGAGGAUGAUAAGCUCGGGGACUUAAAGCGGUGCCUUGUGGACUCGUUGUACGGCAUGGAAUUGGGGCUCAGAGCAACGCUUGAAGAUAGAGCCGAGAUCUUGGAGUUGGUCAACCAGCUCGAGGCCGCCAAUCCCACUAAGGCUCCGACUGAGGCACCGGAGCUUCUUGAUGGAAAUUGGAUUUUAUUGUAUACAGCAUUUUCGGAGCUUUUACCUCUUUUAGCAGUUGGAGCAACACCCUUGUUGAAAGUAAAAACGAUAUCUCAAGUUAUUGACAGUAAGACACUUGAAAUCGUAAAUGCCACAACUCUCUCCAGCCCAUUUGCCACCUUCUCUUUCAGUGCUACUGCAUCUUUUGAGGUUCAAACUUCAUCCAGAGUACAGGUUCAGUUCAAGGAAGGAGUCUUUCAGCCUCCAGAGAUAUCAUCAUCAUUGGACUUACCAGAAACAGUAGAUAUAUUUGGCCAGAAGAUUGACCUGAAACCUGUUCAACAGACACUGAACCCCAUACAAGAGGCCGCUGCAAACAUAACUCGUUCCAUCUCUGGCCAGCCACCUCUCAAAGUUCCACUGCCUGGAAACGGAGCUGCGUCAUGGCUUCUGAUAACGUACCUCGAUCACGAUUUUAGAAUCUCAAGAGGCGAUGGGGGUUUGUUUAUUCUCGCAAAAGAGGGAAGCCCUUUGCUGGAUUUACUAUCCUAAAGCAUUAGGUAUGUCAAGCGAUUGUUGUUCAUGCUGCUGAACUCACUCCCUAUUGAAUCAUGUAUAGCAUAUACUUAAGGAUGCAAAUCAUAUCACCUUGAGCUACUUUUUUCUUUCUAAAUUUGCAUAUAGUAAUCAGAUAUCGUUUUCUCGAAUGA